CGGGGACAAGUUGGCCCUGCGAAGUUUAACGGACUGAUUGAGUGCACGAAUUGAAUAAACCCAAUCGCGUAACUCAGCUGGAUCGUGGUACAAAAAUAACCCGCAACUUUUGUUGUUAAUCCCUCUGAUCACAAGACAGGAAAAGUACCCAUAGCUAAAAGAAAAGUGAAACUGAAAUCGAAUUUAAGCAAUAUAAUAUGUUAUGUGGUUUGUGAUAUAUUUAAAUAGAGCUAAAAGAGAGGAAAAGGACUAUCAUCAUGAUUGAAUUACCUGUUAAGUUAGCAGACUAUAAACUUUUCAUUGUGACUGGUUUGUUGAUCCUGCUUUGUUACUCUGAAUUUGGUCUUUAUACCUUCAUCCUUGUUUUCACCGUUACAACAGUGGUGACUUAUAUUUGUUACACAUUGAACACACAACUUCGUCUGGAUGGAUUCUUCAAGUUUCUUGUGUACUUUGGAAUAGGUGUACCAAAACGUGUGACAACAUUAGAUGAAGAGGAUUACUCGAACAAAAGAAAUCACAAAGGAUUAAAAAUAUUUCCAAAGCCUAUUGCUAAGAUUAUACAAAAAUUUAUUGACUCAAUCAUUCGAGACUUUGUUAAAACAUGGUAUGAAUACCUUGGCCCAGAUGAAGAAGAUUUUAUUGCUGAAGUUCGUAUUUCUUUGGAGUAUAUUGUAACUGAGAUUUAUUUGCAGUUGGAAAAAGCGAAUAUUCAUGAUGCUACUGUUAAUUUAAUCCGAAUGUUUCAAUGGCAUAUUAAAGUGUUUGAUGAUUUUCGAAAUAUAGUGCAAAAGAAAUACCCAGGUAUAAGCGAGAGUGACUUUUCGACUUGUAUUACGGAGCUUUAUGAAGAGGGUGUGAUUAAACAUAUUGCAACUUACAGCAAAGGAAAUGAGAUGGAUUAUCUAAAGACUUUACUUGAUAUUUUACUUUUUAAAUUCCUUCCCAAUGAUGCAUUUUCUUGUGAAGGUGGCCGAUUCAUGCUGAGAGAAGUUUUAGCUAUACAACUUCUGGAACCGCUAGUAAAAGAAUUUACAGAUCCUCAUUUUGUUAAUGAAGCUAUAAUCGAUAUAUUGGAACCUUCAGUGCCAUUGUCUGUAGUAAUAAAAGCUUGGAACGAUGCAUUGAAAGAAAUUGAAAACGAAGAAGAAUCAUUUGAAGUUAUUAGCGUUUCUAAAGCUCCUCUUGAAGACACAAUCGAAGAGAGUGACAAGGGUGAAAUGAAGGCUGUAAAACCUGCCUCAACUUCUGCCAGGAAAAAGUCUCGAAAGGAGAAUGAUAAAGAACUAAUUCGAUUUGAUAACUUAGAUAGAAGCAUAACUUCAGCUCCAGUGUAUGGUUCAAAAUCAGCACGGGAUCAUGAGAUUAGAAUUAAGAAGCCUCGUAAAACCAAAAAAUCUUCAGUAAGAGACAGCACAAGAAAAAAUAUGACAGAGCUUGAUGAUAGUGGCAACACAUCAAGAAGUUUAUCAAAGGAAAAAUCGCUGCAUAUUGCUUCAAAUAACCAAGAAACAUGGGAUGUAUGUCCUCCAUCUUCCGCUAAGAUUUUUCGCAAAAAUAGCUUCCUUGAAAUGCCUCGAAAGCAAGAUGAAAUCUCUGAAAAAUUGAAGGCUAAGGUUAAGUCAAUUCGUCCAACAUUACCAACUUCUUGUCUUAACACCUGUUCACAAGGUGCCAGUCACAGUGACUUUCAAGCCUCAAAUAUCACAGUUAUUGAGGCGGUGCCCAUUGUAGAUGCAACUAAAAAAAUACAAACUUUAUCAGCUCAAGAUAACAAAAUGGAUCCAGUUUUAAAGCCUAAGGAUGAAGUUGUGAAAAUUCAUAGUUCAGGUACUGAUGGGGCAUUUUAUGAAGUAGCCCCAUCAUGUCCCACAUGUAUAGAAAUGACAUUGCUGGCUAGCCCAUUUGAAAAUGAUAGAGCACAAAUGCUACUUAAUCCAAAAGAUAAAGUGAUUGAACAUGAAUGUGGAUUAAAUGGAGAACAUUAUUAUUAUGCAGAAACAGAAACUGAAUCAAAUAGUUAUGAAGCUCUAGAUGACCAAUCGUUUGCUUCUUGCUCUGAUUCAACAGAAGAUUAUUCGGAUCAUAGCUACAGUUCGGGUACACUGCUAGCUUCUGCAGAAACUAUGGAAAGUAGUGUGAAUUACAUUCCUGAAGAAGUAGAUGUUCAAAGCGAUAGUUAUGAUAUUUUGUCCUCACUUUCCGGGCAUUCAAACAAUUCUGGCAAUUUGAGUGAUAAUUCUUUGAGCUUUGAUGACAUUGAAGAUAUUCAGGGUUUGCCUAAAAUACAUCGGACUGCUUCUGUUGUUACUUUCAAAACUGCUUUUGAGCACAGUUUUUCCUCCCAUAAAAAUGAUGAUGUAUUUACAGAAAAAAGAAAAAAAUCUUCAAGCUCCUCUAAUAAAUUUUUUAAACUUUUUAAAAAUGGAUUGCCUUCUGCCACAAAAAAUAAAAAAACAAAUCAUAAAGAUAAAAGUAAAAGACACCAAAGUAAAGCUUCACGUCAAAACAGAAAGAAAAAGGGCAUUUUUAAAGGUAAUCGCACUCAGUCCGGCGAUUUUACUCACCUUGAGACAUCCUCCAUUUCUACAUCUGUUACAAAAUUUAACAGCCUUCCGGACAAUGAAUCUAGUAUGAACGCACCUGACAGUUUUGUUGAGAAUUUCAUUGAAGAGGCUUUAGAAGUUGAAGAAGGCGAAGAAUAUUUUGAUGAGUAUGCACCUUGUGGUCAUAAUUCUACAAAUGCUCAACCAUUUGUUGAUCCUUUAUCAAAGGCAAUUGAAGUAACUCAGAAAGAUUUACCGCUUGAGUCACGAUCAGUUAAGUCUGCAGAAUUCGUUGAUGAAAAAGUCAGUGUAAAAAAAGAUGACAAUGUAUUUAUUCCUGUAUUUGAGGGAAAUGUUGUGAUGCCACAUCCGAGUAAGAUACCUGCAGCUUGGUCAUAUCCAAUUCAGAUGAUAUCUAUACCAUCCACAGAAGUUGCAUCUGAAAAGGGAUGGGAGCCUGGUAUCAAUAAAUAUACCCUGUACAACAUUCACUAUGAUAUUCGCAUUUGGCCUGACAUUUACCAAAAGCAGUUACGUGAAGCUGGUAGUCAGAAAAGCCUUACUCAAAAUGAGGCUACUUCUAUGGACUCUGUGCCAUUAAUUAGAGAAAUUAAAAGAAGAUACAGGGAGUUUUUGUUUCUACACAACCGUCUCACACAUGGACACUUGGCGAAACAUAUGAAAGGAAUCUUGCGGCCAAACCGAAGAUACGCUAUGCCGUUUGGUCGAAUGGACCCUGAUGUGAUCGAAGGGAGAAGAAAGAUUUUGGAAACUUAUUUAGUGAGUUUAGUUUCGCGACCAGAAUUAUGCAACAGUCGUGAGUACAAAGAAUUUCUUGGUUCAGUAGAUCAUGAUGAUGGCUCUGUAAAGAAGAUCGGCCAAAGACAGAUAUACAAAGAGAAUGUUCAGAAAGUUGUGACAGUGACGUCAGAUGGCCAUGCAAGUGGAAAAUACCCAGUUGUAAAAAUCCAUCCGGUAUCACCGUAUUUUAUACAGGGUUAUGUCGUCCAAAGAAUGUUCGGUUAUUCCGAAACUGAUUGCUUGGAAAGACAUUCAACCAUACUCUUCACACACUUCGUGAAUGAAUACCAUACACUGAAACCACUCUUAACAACCAACGACCAUAUAGUCGCAAGUUUCGAGCCCAUACAGCAUCCUACGUUCUAUGUUCCCGAUGAUUCGUACGUUAAGGACUUUUACCAGACCCUCGGUCCUAGAACUGCUGGCGAUGGAGCUGAACAGGCGGAGAUGGAAACAGCAGAUCAGGUUUAUCGCGCAGAUGGUAGGUCACGUGCUGGUACAACAGCUUAUGAUGAGAGCAGUCAUUCAAUUAAUAUAGCAGCAAAAUUCUCAGAGGAACUUGCGGCCCAGUUACACAAGGAGAAAGAAAGUUUAGCUGUAGCAAUUGCAAGGGAGAAAGACCUUUAUCAAUCUUCAUGGCCCCUCACAGAUGCUGUACUGUCUAUUGCAUGUCAAGCUUUAAAAUCUUAUGGUUCUUGGUUAACGUUUGGUCGUGUACAACAAGCUAUUCUGUUCAGUUUAGGCGGAGUAAUAGAGUGGUUGAUUGGUCGCGAGUUGAACGAGGUGCUUAUGCAAGAAAGGUGUUUCAAAUAUUUAAAAGAUCUCUACCAUGUUGUUUGGGAUGAGCAAGACAAACUAAAAGAGUCAAAACCGGCACCAACGCAAGAAGAACGAAUAAAAGUGAAAAAUGAAGCUCUCCGACGUAUCAUGGAUAUCAUACCAAAACUUGUAAUGAUGAGUGUGGGACCAAACAACUACAAAAAAUGCUGCAACAAUUUAUUGCAUACUCUGCAAUAUCAAAGCAUCAACAAACACGUGUUGUAUGCUGCGUUGGAGCUUAUUCUGUUAGAGUUGAUUCCUGAAUUUCAAAACGAAUAUCCACAAUAUGUGGAGACAGCUACAGCUGUGUCUGACAACACUGAAGAUGGCAAAAAGAUUUAAUAGAAAUGUCUUGCCAGAGGGAAGUAAACCUAAGAACAAGGUUGCCAUCUUUUUGUCACGAUGCGUGCUUGUUUAAGUUCUGUCUUCUUGUAGAAAUUUCCUUACAUCGAAAGUUUGAGUAGAAGUUUCAGGUUUGACGAUAGAAAAAUAUAAAAAUGUUGCAAAAGAAUUCUUGAUGUGUUCUGACAAAUUCGCGAUAUAUUUUUUGUAUCGGUUUUAUGCCAUGUGUGAGUUGCUAUCUUAGUUUUGGAUGAUCUCGUGCUCGGUUUUUUAUCAACAUAAAAAUGGUUUGUUGAAUUCUCAUAGCGGAAAGUAAAAUGGCGUUUUAAAACAAGUUCAAUUAAAUUUGUUUCAGCAUGUAAUUUAUAAAAUUAUUUUUUAAAUUUUUGUACGUAGAAAGUUUCAAUAUAUACUAUAAAUAAUUUUAUC